AUGACUCCUUUCCAAGCUUUGUAUGGUCGUGAACCCCCUACUAUUGCUCGCUACAUAAUGGGCAGCACUGCUAGCGAACUGAACUUGAACAGGGCACAAACACGAAUGAAAACUUUGGCUGACAAGUCUAGGACUAAAGUUGCCUUUGAGAUAGGAGACUGGGUUUAUGUUAAACUAAAUCCGUAUAGACAAGUAACUCUUCGUUUGCAAAAGGAUCACAAACUGGGCAGACGUUAUUUUUGUACUUUCCAGGUCCUCAAGAAGAUUGGUUCAGUAGCUUAUAAGUUGACACUUCCCGAGGCAGCCAAGAUUCACCCUGUAUUUCAUGUCUCUAUGCUCAAGCGUUGUGUUGGGACUCCUGAACAACAAGUUACCCCGCUGCAAUUGAUUGAUUUGCAGACCCAACUUCUCAGCUCAAUAAGAACCUUGAGGACAAGGUUGCUUUGCAGGGAGGGAGUAUUGUUGUGA